GUACUAUAUAUAUACGAGUAAAAAUACCUUCUCAGUUUCAUUAUUUCCUUCUCUGUAAAAACAAUACGUGCGUGUGUGUGUGUGUGUACUGUGUAGCUCCGACCGGAUUUAAGUGAGCAAAAAAAAUGAACUUUCCGAGAGAUUGGCCGGAGCCUAUAAUCCGGGUCCAAUCCCUGUCGGAAAGCUGCGAAGACAAGAUUCCCGACAGGUACGUGAAGCCGCCGGAGGCGAGGCCCUCCGUCGCCGCCGGCCCAGAAACCGAGGAGGCCAACAUACCCCUGAUCGACCUUGGACUCCUGAACGCCGGAGACGAAGAACUCCGGCGGAAGACGCUGAGGCAGGUGUCGGAGGCGUGCCGUGAGUGGGGUUUCUUUCAGGUGGUGAACCAUGGGGUCGAACCGGAGCUGAUGGACCGGGCGAGAGAAGUUUGGCGGGAAUUCUUCCACGAGCCGAUGGAGGUUAAGCAGAGGUACGCCAACUCCCCCACCACCUACGAGGGCUACGGCAGCCGCCUUGGUGUGGAGAAGGGCGCCAUUCUUGACUGGAGCGAUUAUUACUACCUCCAUUAUUUACCUUGCAAUUUGAGGGAUUUUAACAAGUGGCCUUUCCUUCCAUCUCACCUAAGGGAAGUGAUUACCGAAUAUUCGACGGAAGUGGUGAGGCUAGGCGGGGAAUUACUCAAGAUUUUGUCGAUAAAUCUGGGAUUAAGACAAGAUUAUCUGCAAAAUGCUUUCGGAGGCGAUGACGUAGGGGCUUGUUUGCGGGUCAAUUUUUACCCGAAAUGCCCACAACCGGAUCUAGCACUAGGCCUAUCCUCCCAUUCGGAUCCCGGUGGCAUGACCUUUCUUCUACCCGAUCAAAAUGUACCGGGGCUCCAAGUUCGUCGAGGCGACGGGUGGAUUACCGUCAAACCAGCUCCACAUGCAUUCAUUGUCAAUAUUGGUGAUCAAAUUCAGGUGAUGAGUAAUGCGAUUUACAAAAGCGUUGAGCACAGAGUGAUUGUGAAUUCAGCGCAGGAGCGCGUUUCAUUGGCCUAUUUCUACAACCCGAAGAGCGAUUUACUGAUACAACCGGCUGACGAAUUGGUGUCACCGGAUAGACCCGCACUGUACCCAGCCAUGACUUUUGAUCAAUAUAGGCUUUACAUAAGGACCAAGGGCCCUAAGGGUAAGUCACAAUUACUAGAAUUAAAGUCUCCAAGAUAGUAUAUAUAUAUAUAUGCCGAAUGAGGCUUAUGAAGUAUUUUUUUGUUGUCAAUGUAAAUUGUAUUACAUGUUAAUCGCUAUUAUUUAGGGUUAUUAAUUAAGAUUAACUGUAUAUCUUGUACCAACACAAGGGUAUAAAUAGAAACAAACUUUUUACAUAAA